AUGGCUCUCGUGCCCACCGGCGUCCCGGCCACCAUCCCCUGGUCCGAGAUGUUCCGCUCCGGCUCCGUCCGCCGCCCCAAGCAGGUGGAGGAGGACGCGCCCCCCAAGCCCUCGGCGCCAGGCAAGAAGACCGCGGCGGCGGCGGCGGCGGAGGCCGAGGGGCUCUCCCUGGAGCCGGACGCGCGGCUGGCGCUCUACAUCGCGAUGGCGCACGCGGGGCUGGCCACGGCGCUGCUCGUGCUCUACGGCCUCUACCUCCUCCUCGCCGACUUCCUCCGCCCGCUGCAGUGGGCGCUGCUCUGCUCCAUCCCGCUCCGCGAGACGCAGCGCGCGCUCGUCGCCUUCUGGGAGCCGCCGCUCCGGGCCGGCCUCAGCGCCACCGUGCUCGCGCUCCCGCUCGCCGCGCUGCGCUCCUGCGCCGCCACCCUCGCCGACGCGCGCGCCGCGCUCCUGCGCCGCCGCCUCCCGCCCUCCCCCUCCUUCCCGCGCCUCCUCCGCUGGCUCGUCUCCUCCUUCCUCUUCCUCCUCCUCCUCGAGCGCCUCGGCACCGCCGCCGCGCUCGUCAUCCUCGCGCUCUCCCUCGCCUUCUUCGCCGCCUCCUCCAAGCCCUCCUCCUUCAUCUCCCGGGCCGCCUCCUCCCGCAUCGCCUCCGGCCGCACGCCCUCCUCCCGCGGCCUCCUCCUCACCGGCGGCAUCCUCCGCCACCUCAAGACCCUCGUCGCCGUCGGCCUCAUGCUCGGCAUGAUCGUCGGCUUCCUCGGCGGCAGCGUCUUCUUCUCCUACAAGAUCGGGCUCGAGGGCAAGGACGCCGUCAUGUCCCUCAAGUCCCACGUCGAGAACGGCAACUACUCCGAAAAGAUUGGCCUCAAGAAGCUGCUCGACGACAAUGACAUCCCUGGCUUGGUGGAUCAGUACUCCGGGAAGCUCUACGACACCGUCUGGGAGCAGGUAGACCAGUUGGCAGUGCAGUACAACCUCACCGAUUUCACCAGCGGCUUCCGCCACUUCCUCAUCACCCAGUCCGUCGGCCCCAAGAGCAAGGACCUCAUCACUUCUCGACCGCACCCCUACUCGGUGAAGCUGCAGGCCAUCGCGGCGCGCGUCAAGAGGAGGGAAUGGGUGGAGAUCUACAAGGAGCUCGACUCCUUCUUCAGGGAGCUGUUGAUCACAAGGGAGGAUCUGGUGGUCAAGGCCAAGGACCUGGCAUUGCAGGGAACUGAGAUUGCAAAGAGCCUGCUGUCUAGCAGCACGUCCGUGCUCGGUGGCAGUGCCAGUCUGAUGCUAUCCAUUGCUCUCCGCAUCGUCUCCGGUGCAGCUGAGGUGCUCAAUUUCGUGUCGCAGCUCAUGGUCUUCUUGUGGGUGCUCUACUACCUCAUCACCGUCGAGGGUGGCGGGGCGACAGAGCAGGUCAUCGACCUUUUGCCGGUGUCCAAACAAGUGAAGGAGCGUUGCGUUGAGGUCAUAGACCAUGCCAUCAGCAGUGUCCUGCUAGCCACUGCCAAGAUUGCCAUAUUCCAAGGAUGCUUGACGUGGCUGCUGCUUAAGUUCUUCAAGGUGCAUUUUGUGUACACAUCAACCGUGCUCACAAUCAUCAGCGCGCUUUUUCCGAUACUACCAGCAUGGCUGUCCUCCAUAUUCGCCGCGGGGCAGCUGCUGACGGAAGGAAGAUAUGUGCUCACGGUUAUGGUAACAGUACUACACCUUGUGAUCAUGGAUUAUGGAACCACAGUCAUUCAGGAGGAUAUACCUGGGUACAAUGGCUAUCUCACUGGGCUUAGCAUAAUUGGUGGCAUGACAUUGUUUCCCAAUGCUCUUGAGGGUGCAAUAUUAGGUCCCCUUAUUAUGACGGUUGUGAUCGCAUUGAAGAACCUGUACACAGAGUUUGUGCUUGCUGAUACAGAGGAGGCCAGCAGCUAGCAUUGGAUGGAAAAGGCUACAUGUUUGAAGAGCUAUAUUUCCAUGUCGGCUUUCACCUUGUACCAUACCUGAGUAUACAAAGAUACCGCAUCGGUUGUGAUUGAUUCCUUCCUGUUGUAAUUUGCCCUUUUUUGCAGUAAUAUCUAUUGGGUUGUCCCAUAGAUUUGGUUUUGAUUUGCGUGGGGUUGGCCCUCAGUUUGAUUGAUACCAAAAUUGUACAGUAUUUUUUAGUUUGUUGAUGGUAAGCGUAAUCCAAAUCAAACUGAACCAGUGACGUGUUCAUGUUUUGUUCAUCAA